AUGAAAGCCUAUGAAGACCAUGUACGACGUACCGGAGAACAAGUGUCACAUCCGUUUAUGAAAGAACUAUUAGCGGGGUUUGCUGCAGCUGAAGUUGAUCGAUUAAUCGAGACAAAAGGUUUGGACUUUAUUGAUCGUGAAAGAGCGAAAAGACAAGCAGUACAACAAGCACAUCAUCUUGCCGAACAACAAUAUGGUCCGGGUGGAGUAGGUCCAGGUGGACCAAUGAAUUACGGAGGAAAUUAUGGGCAACAAGAAGGAUUUCCAGGUGGACCGAUGAAUUAUGCAGGAAAUUAUGGGCAGCAAGGAGGAGGUUAUCCAUAUCAACAACCACAAUUUGAUCAAGGUUACGGGCAAAAUCAAAUGAAUUACGAUUACCAGUCUCAGUUCGGCAAUCCCGGUUAUCAACAACAGCAGCCCUAUGGUGAGGAACAUCAUCAUCAUCAUCAUAAAAGAGAGGAAUGGUAAGUAUUCAGCAUGCUAGGAUAAAAAGACAACUAAGAGAUCAAUUUCCACAUAAUUAUGCACCAAUCCCAAGCUGUAUUAUAUGGCAUUAAAUUAUGAUGUUAACUAAUAUCUCCUCUCCAGAGAUUACAAACGCACACGCUCUGAAGAGUAGUUUUUGUGAAUAAGUGAAAUAAAAUCUACUAUUCAUAUAACGCAUAAUCGAUACCGAUUUAUUUCGCGAAUGUCAGAAUUGUUUAGUCUAUCUUUCAGAAUAAAUAAAAUAUCUUUUGGAAUAUGUUGUGUUUCUAAGCAUUUUCUAGAAAACUAGGUUUCUAGUUUUUGAACUAUAGACAUUUCACAAAACUUUUAAUCAUAUUUUUGGAUUCAACAUCGAAAACUGAUUUAGAUUUCAUAAAUUUCACAUUUCCACCUUUUGAGCGCAGGAAGAAAUAAAUUGACUUCUGGAGGGUCUGUGCGAAUCUUGAAACCUGUGCGCCGGCUGAUCCGAACAUGUUGUAACAGAAACUGUUCGACCAUAUGGAGCUACCUAGAUAUGGAAUGUACGCUAAAAGUGUCCUGAUAGUUUUUGAGAAAAUGAAUUUUUUCUGAAAACAUCACCUUUUUCUUAUCUCAGAUCUCGGUGACUUUUAACCAAGGGGGAAACAGCGGACUCCAGACGCAUGGAGUCAUUUGGAGUCAAGUGGAGUCAAGUGAAGUCACUUGAUGCGUUGGAGUUAAUUGAUGAGGUGGAAUCAGGUGAUAGGGUGGAGCCCACUAGAGAAAUAGCAGACUAGAUGGGAUCCCAGUCUUGUGAAGUCACUUGGAGUCACCUGAUGUGGUGUACUCAGAAGGUAAAAUAAAAGAUCCUAUGAGAUUCGAUGGAGUCUGAUGGACUCCG